AUGGAUGAAAACAACUCCAACUUCACCUCAUCUCCAACUUCGGGCAUCCAUUUCCAGAGGCUACCAUGUGAUAUCGUCCAGGCCGACUGCAAUAAAAGUGGGAAUACCUCGUCCUGUGAUGGAUGCACAGGUCCUGUCGUGAAGAACUGGAUGGCUCUGCUGAUCUUGCUGGCCAUUGUCGUCACGGUAACGGGGAACGUUCUGGUCAUCCUGGCCGUGACGCUGGAGAGGAAGUUGCAGAACGCCACGAACUACUUUCUGAUGUCGCUGGCUAUCACUGACAUGUUGCUAGGUCUCCUGGUCAUGCCUGUCGCCAUGGUUACGAUUCUUUAUGGUUAUACCUGGCCUCUCCCUCGCGCCCUUUGUCCUAUCUGGAUCUACCUAGACGUCCUCUUCUCCACGGCCUCUAUCAUGCAUCUCUGUGCUAUCUCUCUGGACCGCUACAUAGCCAUUCGCAACCCCAUUCGUCAUAGCUGCUCCAAUUCCCGCACCAAAGCCAAGGCGAAGAUUUUUGCUGCCUGGACCAUUUCAGCAGUUAUCUCUAUGCCAGUCCCAGCCUUGGGUCUGAGCGAUUAUGCCAACGUCUUCGACGGGGAUUCGUGCCAACUGAACGACAGCAACUUCAUCCUAAUUGGCUCGUUUGUGGCAUUUUUCAUCCCCCUCAGUAUAAUGAUAGUCACCUACUUUCUGACGAUCAGUGCUUUGCAGAGCGAAGCCACGACAUGCCUGGAUCAGCUGGUCCCACGACCCAAAUGGACAUCUGCAUUGGGUUUCCCAUCCCGCGGCUCACUCUCCUCCGAGCGUCUGUUCUCCAGGCGCUCGCUUUGCCGCGACAGUGAGGGCUCCGUUGCGGUAACCGGACUUGGCGGCUCUUUUGGCCGGCGUACAAUGCAGUCUAUCACCAACGAGCAGAAGGCUUCCAAAGUGCUGGGUAUAGUUUUCUUUCUGUUUGUCAUCAUGUGGUGCCCAUUUUUUGUGACUAACGUGUUAAUGGCAGUUUGUGACUCCAACACUUGCAAACCCACAUUGUUGGUACAUCUGCUCAACGUCUUUGUGUGGGUGGGUUACCUCUCCUCAGCGGUGAAUCCUCUCGUCUACACGCUCUUCAAUAAGACUUAUCGGGCAGCUUUCUCGCGGUACGUGCGCUGUCGGUUUCGGGAUGAGCGGAGACCGCUGCAGCUAAUCCUUGUGAACACCAUCCCACCGCUGGCUUACAACUCUUCCCAACUCCCACUCAGGGGAGAAAGCACAUCACGGAAGGUUGUCGAUGGCGACUGCUUCGGGGUCUCCCAGGGUAUGAACACGUCCAGCCCUAAAAAAGCACAGAACUGGCAGGAGGGGGAUGAGGGGAUGAGUCAUGUGUGA